UAACUGUAAGUCAUGAGAAAACAAACGUGCAACGUUCUUCUGGUCUGUGGGGUCAUCAGCUCCAUCACGGUAUUUUAUCUUGGCCUCAGCACGAUAGAAUGUCCAACAGCUCGUUCUCGCGCGGCACAGCACAGGUGGGCGGUUAAUCUACAUGCUGGCCGAAACCUAAGCGACCCGUUACAAAUCCCUGAGGAAUACAAUGAGGAAACCCCUCUCAUUUUUGUUGGCGGAGUCCCUCGUAGUGGCACCACACUGAUUCGGGCUAUGUUGGAUGCUCACCCUCUCGUUCGGUGCGGAGAAGAGACCCGCGUCAUCCCCCGGCUGUUAGCCAUGCAGGCCACGUGGAGUCACUCUGCACGUGAACGGAUCCGUCUGGACGAGGCUGGCGUCACCGAUGAGGUCCUGGAUGCAGCUGUACGUGCCUUCCUGUUGGAGAUCAUAGUGGGGCACGGCGAGCCCGCUCCGAGGCUCUGCAAUAAGGACCCUUUCGCUCUGAAGUCCCUUUCCUACCUCUCCAAGCUCUUCCCAAAAGCGAAGUUUGUUCUUAUGCUCCGCGAUGGCAGGGCCACCGUACACUCUAUGAUUUCCCGCAAGGUGACUAUCACCGGGUUUGACUUGACGAGUUACUGGGACUGUUUGGUGAAGUGGAACCGAGCGGUGGAGGUGAUGUAUGACCAGUGCCUGGCUGCAGCGGAUGGCAACUGUCUGCCUGUGCAUUACGAGCAGCUGGUCCUGUACCCUGAGUGGGUGAUGCGCAAGCUCCUUCGGUUCCUGGAUCUGCCGUGGGACACCGCCGUGCUGCACCACGAACAGCUUAUUGGGAAAGCCGGUGGAGUUUCACUGUCAAAGGUGGAACUGUCAACGGAUCAAGUAGUCAAGCCAGUGAAUACAGAGGCUCUGUCUAAAUGGGUGGGCAAGAUCCCUGGUGAUGUGGUGAAUGAUAUGGCCAGCAUUGCUCCGAUGUUAAGUCGCUUAGGUUAUGACCCUCUUGCCAACCCACCAAACUACAGCAAGCCUGAUCUCUUAUUUCUGAACAACACAAACAUAGUGAGGUCAAUCCAAAACUGAAAGAUCCUCUCAAACUGUGAAAACUUUGAAGCAAUAAACAAUGUGCAUUUAUGAGCACGUAAAGCCUUUACUUGAAUUAACAACUUCAGCAGUUUUGUUGGAAAAGAAAUUCAGCUUAUAUAGGACCAUUGUUGCUUGUGGCAACAGUUUCAUACAGUGAUAGUUUUAUUGUUGUAUUGUAAAGUCAUUUUUCAAUUAAAUUUGAUUUAGAUGUUUUGUUACUUGUAUGCUUUGGUGUUGCUAAUUAUGUCAGUCCACUGACUGUACUUUAUUGUCUUUUGAUUACUUUUAUAUGUGUAAAUGCAUGCGUGUUGUGGUAGAUGUGUCAUAAUGAGUGACUAUUACACAGGAAACUAUGAUUGUUGAAAGAGGAAGUCAACAGUUGCACAAAAUGACCACUUUUUGCUUUGUUCUCCUUGACUACAAGUGAAGUUUAGACAUGUUUUUUUUUUUAAGUUUAGCUUUCAAAGACAAUCUCAUUUCAUUGUAGACCGUUUAUUGUGAAUUUAUUAAUUGCAUACUUCACAAAUGUAGUCCAAAUAUGAAGGACUUCGGACAUGGUCACUGCUGUGGAUGAACUCUCAGUCCUCAACAUUCCUUCACAUACCUUCACGUCCAGUAUCAUUAGACCAGUCUGUCUCAUUGCAUGAAAUUACAUAUACCUUUUGUUACAGAAAAAAAACAUAUAUUUAUUAAAUGUUGGUUAUUUCUAAAGAAACCCUGUGUGUGAAUAUAUGUGUGAGAUACUCAGAUUAUUAUGUGGUGUAAUCAAAACGAAGUUA